AUGCUCGUCACCACCGCACCAACUCCAGGAGUGGAUGGAGAGGUGCGUCUGGCUGCGGGGCCCAACAACUGCUCUGGCAGAGUGGAGAUCUUCUACCAGAGCCAGUGGGGGACGGUGUGUGAUGACCUCUGGGAUCUGCAAGAUGCCCAGGUGGUGUGUAGACAGCUGGGCUGUGGCCCUGCCCUGUCUGCCCCCAGCAGUGCCAGCUUUGGCCAGGGCAGCGGGCCCAUCUGGCUGGACGAUGUCGGGUGCUCAGGCUCAGAGGCCACCCUGGCAGUGUGCCCCCACCCGCCCUUCGGCUCCCACAACUGUGAUCAUGGUGACGAUGCUGGAGUCGUCUGUGGGGUUUCCAACUUCAAAGCUAUUGCUCCCACUACAACUACAACCACCACCCCUCCUACCAUAACAGCUACCUCCAGAUCCACCAAAAUCACACCUCCUCCGACCACAACCACCACCCCUCGCACAACCACCAGUCCUCUUUCCACCAAAACUACCACCUCCAGACCCACCACAACCACCACCCCUCCAACCAGAAACACCCACUCCAUACUCAUCACAACCGACACCCCUCCUACCACAACAGCUACCUCAAGAUCCACCACAAUCAAACCUCCGACCACAACCACCACCCCUCGCACAACCACCAGUCCUCUUACCACCACAACCGCCACCUCCAGACCCACCACAAUCACCAACCCUCCUACCACAACCACCACCUCCAGACCCACUACAAUCACCAACCCUCCUACCAGAAUAUCCCUCUCCAUACUCAUCAUAACCACCACCCCUACUACCAAAACCACCACCCCUCUUCCUUCAACAACCACCACCUCCAGACUUACCACCCCUCCUACCACAACUACCACCCCUCUUAACACAACCACCCGUUCCCAGCCAAAUCCGGCCUCGUUGUGGACCUUAAUGAUGUCAAGUCUGCUGUUGCUGUUGUCCAUGCCGGCUUUUGCUCAUCAUUUAAGUGAAAGUUAUAAUUUGGAAGUCACCAUCGCACCAACUCCAGGAGUGGAUGGAGAGGUGCGUCUGGCUGCGGGGCCCAACAACUGCUCUGGCAGAGUGGAGAUCUUCUACCAGAGCCAGUGGGGGACGGUGUGUGAUGACCUCUGGGAUCUGCAAGAUGCCCAGGUGGUGUGUAGACAGCUGGGCUGUGGCCCUGCCCUGUCUGCCCCCAGCAGUGCCAGCUUUGGCCAGGGCAGCGGGCCCAUCUGGCUGGACGAUGUCGGGUGCUCAGGCUCAGAGGCCACCCUGGCAGUGUGCCCCCACCCGCCCUUCGGCUCCCACAACUGUGAUCAUGGUGAAGAUGCUGGAGUCGUCUGUGGGAACUCUGCUCCAACUACAUCCACAUCCAGACCCGCUACGUCCACCCCACCAACUACAAUCACCACCUGAUUCCUUGGCACAUGCAGUCUAUCCCUUUCCCCUAAACAUGAAAUAAACCAAUUUUUUUGCAGACA